AUGGAAUAUAUCAAGAUUACCAAAGUUGAAAAUGUUGUAUUGCAUAAAAGAGGAAUUCCUGUAAUUGGAACAUUACAUUUAACUACACAUCAUUUAAUAUUCUCAUCAAAUGCUUUAUCUACAGAAUUUUGGUUUGCGUACCCGAUGAUUGGAUCUGUCUUUAAAAAUCAAGGUUCCACGUUAUUGUCUAAAUUAAAAGAUAAAAAUCAACUAAAUGAGUCUCAAUUCCAUAACAAGUCUACUUUCCAAUGGUAUGAACAUCGAGAUCUAUGGUCAUUAAUUAAUAUCAAGAUUAUAGGUAAAGAUUAUACCAUCAUAUCAUUAGAUUUCAUAAAUGAAUUUGAAGCUAAUGCUGUAUUUGAUUCAUUGUUAAAAUUAACUUCAUUGAAUGAUAUUUCACAAUUAUAUGCCUUCUUAUAUACUCCUAAUAGGGCUGAACUUCAAUUUAAUGGUUGGAAUUUAUAUUCUCCUGAAAGAGAAUUCAAAAGACAAGGCCUUCAAUUAAUUGGAAACAACGAUGAACAUACUGAGCAUGGCGAAACAUUCCCAUGGAGACUGUCGUUAAUAAAUUCAGACUAUAAAUUUUCAUCAACAUAUCCUAGUAAACUAAUUGUCCCUACCUCGACAUCUGAUUCAUUAUUAACACAUGCGGCAAAAUAUAGAUCACAAAAUAGGAUACCGGUAUUAACUUAUUUUUACAAGAGAAAUGGUGCUAGUAUAGUAAGGUCAGCACAACCUCUACCAGGUAUCAUAAAUCAAAGAUCAAUUCAAGAUGAAAAAUUAGUAAUGGAAUGUUUUAAUUGCUGUAAUAAACUACCACUUAAUAAUAACAUUGCUUCGAUUUCAACAAGACAAAAUGUUAUUGUGGAUGCUCGCCCUAUGACAAAUGCAAUUGCACAGGUGGCUCUUGGUGGUGGUACUGAAAAUAUGGACAAUUAUGCAUUCCCACAAUUAAGUACACCGAAUGGCAAAAAUCAUACAAAGAGAAUGUUUUUAGGUAUUGAUAAUAUUCAUGUCAUGUCAGAUAUAAUGAAUUCAUUAAUUGACAAUUUUCUUGUAGAUGGAGAUUUAAAUUUACCCAUAAAUAAGAGACAAUUGAAUGGCAUAACGAAUUCGAAUUUGAAAAAAAAUUUGAAAAAUAAUUCCGCUAAUACAUCAUCGAAAGGUAAAAAUUGGCUAAAGACGAUCAAGAUACUAUUAAGUUCUACAGAAACUUUAGUCAAGUCCGUGAUAUUUAAUGGAUCUAAUUUAUUAAUCCAUUGUUCUGAUGGUUGGGAUCGUACAGCACAAGUUUGCUCACUGAUUGAACUUUGUAUAGAUCCAUAUUAUAGAACUAUGGAAGGUUUCAUAAUUUUAGUGGAGAAAGAAUGGGUUUCAUUUGGCCAUAAAUUUUUAGAAAGAUGCGGUCAUCUUGGUUCUGAAAGGAUUUUCCAUGAUAAUACAACAUUUUCUACAACAUCGACGACUAAGAAUAUACCGUCGAAAAUAAUCAAUGACCAAAGGGGACUUCUAGGUGGUGGUGAUUCUCAUAAUGAUUAUGAUGAAUUGUUAAUAAUGGAUAAAAGCUUACAAAAUAAUAUAAAUUCAAAUUCUGUAUUGAUUAAUAAAAUGUCCAAUAAAUUUAAAAUUAAUAAGAAAUGGAAAAACAAUGAUUUAAAGUUUAUAUCACCAAUUUUCCAACAAUUUUUAGAUUGUGUUUAUCAAUUAUUGAUUCAAAACCCAACAUCCUUUGAAUUUAAUGAACGAUUUUUGAGAAGGUUAGUUUAUCAUUUAUAUUCUUGUCAAUAUGGGACAUUUUUAUUUGAUAAUGAAAGGACAUUAAUUGAAAUGGAUGCAAAACAUAGAACAAGAAGUGUUUGGGAUUAUUUUUUAUCCCGUGAGAAGGAAUUCAUUAAUACUCAAUAUAUACCGUUUCAAGGGAAUAAGGAUGCGAUGAACGAAGGAGAAGAAAUUCAAGGUGACAAUGGUAAUGACAUAGCAUUGAUAUCCGAUGAAGAGGAUUGGAUCCUACCAGAUUUAAAUAAAAUUCAAUGGUGGUGGCAAUUAUAUGGUAGAAGAGAAGAUGAAAUGAACGGGCCAUUUGUCGCUGUGGAUGACUCAGAUUUAAUGAAAGACAAGGAUAAUUCUACAUUAGAUAGAUCUAUUUCAGUGGGAGAAUCAGUAAAAGGGAUUGGUUUGAAGUUACAAUCAUUCGGUUUGGAUUUAUUUGGGAAAAAGUGA